UUUCGUUUUCCGUUAGUGCAGCAUUUAUCCUCGACGACGUUGGUUGGCCUCGCCUUCGCCCUCAGCCAUUGUCACUGUCGCUGUCGCAGUCGCCGUCGAAGUCGAAGUCGCAGUCGUUUGUCGCCUUGUCGCUAGUGUUGUUAUUUAUUUGUGUGUGCAUUUUUUUUUGUUUUUUGCUGCUUCUGCUGCUCUGCUCUGCUCUCGUUGUGUGUGCACGUUUUAUUUAUUGUUGUCGUGUGUUGUUUGUUUGUGUUUUUGUUAUGGUGCCAGUGCCAACUUACCUGAUAUAAAAAAACAACACACACACACAGAAAAAAAAAACAAACUCAAACAAGGUGCGCAGACCUGGAGUCAGGGCCACGGCACAUGUUGUUAGUUAAACCAGCGCCCCAGAACGCUUGCCUCACAUCCCCCAGCCCCUUCAAGAAGCCCGGGACACUAACCAAUAAGUAAACCCCAAAAGGCAGCAGCAACAACAGGAGCAACAACAAUAACAGCUACAACAAGACGCAAAGUAAAUUCAAAACGAAACUAAACGACACAGACGAAAGUCCACAGUUCACCGCAAUAGUUACAGUUACUCUCACGCCGCGUGGUUUCAAUCGCAGCAUGCUUUCAGCUGAGACACAGUUAUUGCUGUUGUUCGUGUUGUUGUUGGCGCAGCCAAAGCUCUGAGCAAUCGCCAAAUCACAAACACAAAACGGCAAACAGUAACAACAACAACAACAAUAACAGGAAGAAGGAGAAGAAGAACAAAACAAAUAGAAAUACACAAAACGCGCUGCGUCCGUUGCUUCACUAAAUGCAGUCGACGUCAAUGUUGACGUCGCUGUCGUCACAGUCGUCGCGUAUUAUGGGCCUAACCAAACAGCAACAACAACAACAGCAGCAGCAACAACAACGCCAACUUCAACAGCACUUGAUACAAAAAUAAACAAACAAAAUCAAUCAAUUAAUCAAUCUGUGAACGCCCCAGGCGUACGCCCUCGCUCUUGUACAUCCACGCCCACGCCCACGUCGACGCCCACGCUCGCUUUAAACUGCAACAGCAGCAACAACAAAAACAACAACAUCAAUAACAAGAGGAAGGACAUAUAUAGCAACAGCAACAACAAUGUUCCAGUCAAUUGCAUUAGUGCUCGUCCUGGUUGCCGCCCAGUCUGUGGCCCAGGCUCCGAAGGAUGCGAAUAGAAACGCUGCCGCUGCCGCUGCCUCUGCCUCUGGCUCUGGCUCUGGCUCUGGCGCGCCUGCUGUCCAGCUGCAGGCAACGGAGACACAAGCGGCGACAGCAGCAGCAGCAGCGGCGGCGGCGGUAGCAGCAGCGACGCCAUUCAGCAGCAAACAGCUCACCAGAUGCCGCCAAAGCUGCUAUCAGCAGUUUGCGAGGGAUUGGAAUUAUUGCACGGAUUUCGUUGAUUGCAGAAGCUGUUGGCAAAACUGCCACAGGCAAUUGGCGCCCUUUGAGCUGCGCGUCCACCAUGCCCAACGACAGGGAGCCCUGGUGCUGACCGACAUCGGAUGGGACGAGAUGAUUGCGAACGCAUCGCGUCAAUGCCUGAUCACCUGGGAGGUAUCCGGCGGCGGUCUCAUGGGCAACCUGCUCACAGACACAGCACGCGCCGAGCUGUCACUCUGGCCGGAUACAGUGUACAACAUACAGGUGACCUGCAAGCAUAAGCUAACGGGUCUGAUGCGGCGUUCACUGAAGCUCAAUGUGGACACACAUCGGCUGCUGUCAGAAGCAGCGGCAGCGGCAGCGGCAGCCAAUCGUUGGACAAAUCCCAGCCUGUUGCCCCUAAAUGUGGAUAUGCUGCCAGCGGCAACAACAACAACAACAACGGCAGCAAAAGCAAUAGCCACAGCAACGUCAGCAACAUCAGCAGCAGCAGCCUCACCCCCACCACCACCACCGCCAUCACCACCAACAGCAACAACAACUACAAAAACAGCAGCAGCAGCAACAGCAAUUUUGCAGCGCACUCGACCCACAGACCGUGUGUACAUCAUCAGUGCAUUGCCAACGGCCAGCCAGCUGAGCGGCGUUGUGUAUCCGGCCUUUGGUGCGUUGGCUUUCUUCCUGGCAUUGCUCGUUAUGUUCCUGUUUCUGCGUCCGCAACGCAAGCGGGCCUCUGAUGGGGAUGCGGACACCGCAUCUCUCCUAAGCGGACGUCGCUCGCGGCUCUCCAUGGACAACUCAACGCUGCAUGUGUAGGCGCUCAAAAGGCGAACCGAGUUAAAUGACAAAAUAACAGCAAUAUCAGCAGCAGCAACAACAACAACAAAAAGAGAGAGAACUUGUAGUCGUUUAUGUCUGACUAUGUGAUAUUCUGCACCCAAAUUGUACAUAACAUAGAUACACACAAAUACACACACACACA